AUGGUGGAGGGAGGGAAGGGGGCCUCGCUGGGCGUCGGGUAUAGGAAGGGAAGUAUGGAGCACCAGGGGAGCAUUUCCUCCGAUCCAGCAGGGCGUUCCUCCCCCUGCCCUCCUUCCAGCCCUGGUGGCGGGAGGGUGAGGAGAGAGGACACGCCAGCCGAGGACUGCCCGCUCCAGCAUCCUGAUCUCGCCGUGGCCGACCAGAUCCCGAUGGGAAGCCCGCAAGGGGGGCCUGAGCACUAUGCCGCUCUCCCCACUCCCCUUCCCCAGCAACGACCUCUGGAGCGACAUCACCCUCCGGACCCAGCUUCCAUUCCCUUCACAGUUCAGUAUAUGCAGCGGCUGGUGUCCUUUGAGGAAGUGGCUGUGUAUUUCACCAAGGAGGAAUGGGAUCUCCUGGAUCCAGGGCAAAGAGCUCUGUACAAAGAAGUCAUGCUGGAGAAUUAUGGGCAUGUGGCCUCUGGGGGAGAGAAGCCACAAGCAUGCAUGGAACAUGAAAAGAACUUCAGUGACAGGGAACUGCCUAUAAAACAUCAGGCCACCUACACUGGGGAGAAACCAUAUAAAUGCAGGUGGUGUGGAAAGAGCAUCAGUCGGAAGGACAACCUUACUGGCAGUCUUUGCUCCCAUCCUGCCCUUCUUCUGCCAGAUCUGGUGGCGGGAGGGCGAAGUCAGAAGAGACGCCAGCCGAAGACUGCCCGCUCCAGCAUCCUGAUCUCGCCGCGGCCGACCAGAUCCCGGUGGGAAGCCCGCAAAGGGGGGCCUGAGCACCACGCCGCUCUCCCCGCUCCCCUUCCUCAGCAACGGGUAUCCAGAGGCACACUUCCGACACUAGAGCCUCUGGAGCGACAUCACCCUCCAGACCCAGCUUCCCUUCCCUUCACAGUUCAGUACAUGCGAGUGAUGCACAUAAUACACUACAUAGUGGUGACACCCAUAAUAGUUCGAAAACUAACACAUACUCCUCCGUCACUGACAUCAGAGGCACGAUCUGUCUCUUCUCCUCUUUGCGGUAGAGUGGAAAGAGAUUCCCCCAGACGGCCAUCUACGCGGCUGGUGUCCUUUGAGGAAGUGGCUGUGUAUUUCACCAAGGAGGAAUGGGAUCUCCUGGAUCCAGGGCAAAGAGCUCUGUACAAGGAAGUCAUGCUGGAGAAUUAUGGGCAUGUGGCCUCUGUGGAUCUCCCCAAACCUGACGUCAUUUCCUGGCUAGAAAAAGGAGAAGAUCCAUUCAUCCAGGUCACUGAGGAAGGGGAGAGAUUGGCAGGAGGUGAUGAACAGGACAGUGAGAAUUAUUGGAAGCUAUCUGUGGGGUCAUCAGAAAGAACCAAACAUGAAGCAGGAGAUGAAUUGUUUGGGAAUCAAAGGAGUGCAAAAUGGCAUGAGCGAAACCAAUCACAGAAAUGGAGGAAGGAGUCCUCUGACACACAUUGUAAAACCCAUACAGGAGAGAAGCCACAAGCAUGCAUGGAACAUGAAAAGAACUUCAGUGACAAGGAACUGCCUAUAAAACAUCAGGCCACCUACACUGAGGAGAAACCAUAUAAAUGCAGGUGGUGUGGAAAGAGCAUCAGUCGGAAGGACAACCUUACUGUGCAUGAAAGAACACACACUGGGGAGAAGCCAUAUAAGUGCAUGGUGUGUGGAAAGAGCUUCAGGCAGAAAGUGGGCCUUAGUUUGCAUGAAAGAACACACACUGGGGAGAAACCAUAUAAAUGCAUGGAGUGUGGAAAGACCUUCAGAUGGCGCUCAGGGCUUGUUUUACAUCGAAGAACACACACUGGGGAGAAGCCAUAUAAAUGCAUGGAGUGUGGAAAGAGCUUCAGUCAGCGCUCGGGGCUUCUUUCACAUCGAAGAACACACACUGGGGAGAAACCAUAUAAAUGCAUGGAGUGUGAAAAGAGCUUCGGUUGGCACAUAGGGCUUGUUUCACAUCAAAGAACACACACUGGGGAGAAACCAUAUAAAUGCAUGGUGUGUGGAAAGAGCUUCAAUCAGAAAAUCCAGCUUACUUUACAUCAAAGAACGCACACUGGGGAGAAACCAUAUAAAUGCAUGGAAUGUGGAAACAGCUUUAGUGAGAAAAGAAGGCUUAGGGAACAUCAAAGAACCUGUGCAGGCAUAACAUCAUAUAGAUGUAUGUAGUGUGAAAAGAACUUCAGUGUGAACUGCUGAAGCCUUUCUUUUAAUCAAAGAACCCUCACAGCAGAGAAGCCAGGUAAAUUAUGGAGUGUAAAAGCCAUUCUGCAGGGAAUGCUCUGGCAAAGGAGAUCCCUGCAGCCAGUAUGAUUGAGCCCACCGCUCCUCAACUGGUAAGUGGUGGUUUAAUCUUGCAGAGUGCUGCUUUGCCAGUGUGUUUCAUGUGCGGAAUGUGCUAGCACACUAGACCCCUCACCCCUACAGAUCAACUCUGGGCCAUAAGGAUUUCCCUAUCCUUGGUCUAACAGAACUUCUAUAUCUGCUAUCAUCUUAAUCUUUCUUAACAACUAUAUAGUAAAGUUUUGUAAAACCAGAUAAUUAUACCAAACAUGCAGCAUACCUGCUCUACAGAAUUUGCAUCUCCAACAUUCAGCUUUCUUCCGUGGGUAACUUUUUUCUAAAUUCUCAGUAGUUAUGCACUGUUUUGCUAUUAUUUUAAAAGGAUUUUCUACUGAACCUACUUUUGCUGAAAUACAUCUGCUUUGGUCCCAUAAUGAAUUUCAGUAACUUCUCAGGAAUAUCUUUAUACAACCUGCUUAUCAUAAUGUUUAUUCCACCUGCUAUAUAAAUCUGUCGAUAUAUGGGAUGCAUCCAUCUGUCAGCCAGGAUGGCAACAUAGUCUGUGAGCCCCAGACCACAAUGGCCUAAAUUAAUAGACUAGUGGAAAAUGUAAAGAGCAGCUCUAAGUCAAGUGGAGUAGACAGUAUGGAACAGAGGACACAUUUUAGGAGUGAAAAGAAUCUGGAAUUGUAUUUUCUACCCUGAGAUAGACUGCAUUUAUCCAAUGCUUUUCUUUUGGCCAUGUAGCAUCGGACAGUAAUGGCUAGGCUGAACCUUGGAAGCUUAAGUUGCACCUGGAGGAUCAGGAGAAUUGCAGGUGGGGAGGGGGGUCUUAGAUUCAAAAUGGUCCUAGAGUUGGCAGAGAAGUAUAAUGUAAGUGCCUUCCUAGUGCAGUGGAUCAGUGGUCUGUGUGAUGUUCCUGUAAGUUAGCAUCUGUAAAUAUGGUAAGUGCGGGUCUAUUAGGUGAUGUAUGGUAAUUGACUGAGAGAGAAAGGGGGAGUACAUGGGUGAGAAGCUGAAGUAUGCUGGAUGAUUGGCUGAGUGGCUGGCUGGCUGAAGGUAUAAAUGGAGGUUUGUGAGUGAUGAGAGGGAGAGAGUCAGUGAGUCGGUUAGAGAGAGGUGGUUGAGUUGGUUGGCAGAGUUCUGAGGGAAGUUUGGAUUGGAUUUGGGUGAUAUUUAAAGAGGAUAUAUAUGAACAGAAACAAAGAGUGACCAAAUAUGAAACCAUACGCUUGUGAAACAUUCCUAAAGUAAUCUUGUUAUUUCCUGUUAUUAGUAAAUAAAUACUUCUUUGGUUUACCAAAGGCCUGAUCC